AUGCAAGCCCUAGUUUCACCUAAAAAACCAAUUUUGUUCCUAAAUGUCCUCAUUUGUAAAAUAGACUUGUACGCAGACAUCACUUCUAAAGACAUCGGAUCGACUAGGACAAGUAUUGAUUCACAAAACGAUCCUAAUUCAAGGAACACCUCGCCAUCCGGGUGGAACCAAGAGGUUAUGAACCUGUUCUCACAGAACUCGGCUUUAUUGCCUUCAGACAUUACUGUCCCAGAGAUGCCUCAGAUCUACAAAAGGUCUCACCAGAAUGAUGAGAAGAUCAGGAAUAAAGAACGAGAAAUGCUCAUGAAACAGCUUGAGAAAUUCGAUGAGAAUGUCAAGCAUGCGAUCCUUCUCAGUAAAGACAAAGAGCUCAAGAGUGACUUCUAUCGCAAGCUUGAAAUCCUAGCUGAUCGUAUCCACAUUUAUAGAAAUAUCUUUUACACUAGGAAGCCUGUGUUCGACCAAACUAUGAAGGCCGAAGACAAUGUAAAGCUGAAGAGAGGCUCUAAGAGUCCAUCUAAGAGGGUGAGAUUUAGAAAUUCUAACUCGAAAAAAUUACCGGUGAUUGGACAUAGGACUUCGCAUUCAGACCUUACAUUCCUCGAUUCGUCUAAGAAAAGAUCCAUGAAUAAUAAAUAUAAGCACCUCCUUCAAGAUGGGUUUGAUAAGAUGAUGAAAGAGGUAAUCAAAGAGGAAGGAAUCUUAUCAGAAAAAGGAAGACAAUCUGUAAGAAGAAUGUACAAAACAUCUUCAUUUGAGGAAAAUCUGAAUUUAUUAAGCAAAGUCGAAGAUCAGAGAAAAUAAGUUUCCUGAGAUUAUUCCUCCAUUUAAGCUACAAAGGGAAGAUGAGAGUUUGCCAAACCUUGCCUGAUUUAAUACACUAACGCACAGAGGUGCCAAAGUAAAGAAGUUCUCCCCUAAGAAGAAGGGAAAUCGAGCUUUUAAACUCAGAAAAGCAGUCUCAAUUAGAAAUUUGCAAGAGUUAGAACAGUCUAAGCUUUCGUCUAACCGGAACUGUAAUGAUAUAAUUCAAGAGAUCAGAGAACCUCCCAAAAAGUUUAAUAGAGCAAGGAUCGACACUCUAGCUCAACCAAGAAUUUCUCAAGAUCCCUCUCAUAGAGCUUCCCAAUCUGCUUUUGAACCGGGAGAUUACGACUUGAGAAAAUCCCGUUUGCUUGCUUUAAAAUAACUCUAAAUCUCUCAAGAAGUUAAAAUAUAAAGCAGAGUUCCUAAGUGCGAUUAAAGACCUGACAACUGAUGUUUCAGAGAGUCCAGAUAAGAAGCAAACAAUUGGCUUCAGCCCUUCCUUAUCACUCAAAAAGUCGAUGAUAAUAUACCAAAGUGCUACUCUAGAAGAUGAGAAUGUGAAACAGAAGAAAAAGAAGAAGUUCCAGAUUCCUCAGAAGCACAAGAUUAUUCAAGCAAUUGAGAGUAAGAAGAAAAUGAAAGAUGUCGAAUAGCUUUCUCCAACUUGUGACAACAGAGAUUC